AUGCGGCACAGCAGACAUGGAGCCCGCCCCGCCGUUUCAGGCUUCCUGCUCGACGCGACGCCGCUCGAGUGGGACGAGUCUCUCGAGGUGAUCCGGUACGUGCGGGAGCACGGCAUCGCCCAGUUCAUCCACCUCUACAAUCGCAUCAAGGAUAUCGAGGGUGACCGGCUGCUCUGGGGCGACGAGGUGGAGUACGCCAUCUUCAAGCUCGACGCCGAGCGCGGCACGGUCAAGCUGUCGCUCCGUGGGGCCGAGAUCCUCGCUGGGCUGCAGGAGGGCGAGCGCAGCGUGCCCGUCGGGCAGCAGUGCAACUGGGUGCCUGAGUGGGGCAGCUGGAUGGUCGAGGGGACGCCGGGCAUGCCGUACUCCGGUUACGCGACCGACCUGCUGCUCGUUGAGAAGAACAUGCGCACGCGGCGCGCGCGGCUGCUCGCCGCCCUCGCCGAGGACGAGAUCUGCCCGACGCUGCCCUGCUUCCCGCUCAUGGGCGUCGGCACCUUCACGGACCCGCCCGCCCGCCCGACGCCCGGCCUGUCCGACUCGCUCUUCGUCCCCGACGAGAUCAUCAACCCGGCGCCGCGGUUCGCGGCGCUCGUCAAGAACAUCAAGCGGCGGCGCGGCUCAAAGGUGGACAUUCGCGUGCCGCGCUACCGCGACGAGAAGACGCCCGACGCUGCGAGGAGCGCGCCGCCGCCGCGAGACGCCGCCGUGGCAGAGACGCUUCACGCCUCGAGGCCGCCCCGCGCCCAGGCGCUGGAGAUGGACGAGGUGUACAUGGACGCGAUGGCCUUUGGGAUGGGCUGCUGCUGCCUGCAAGCGAGGGACCUAUCCGAGUCGCGCCACCUCUACGACCAGCUGGCCGUGCUCGGGCCGAUCAUGCUCGCCCUCACCGCGGCCACGCCCAUCGCGCGCGGCGUGCUGCUCGACACCGACGUCCGCUGGGACAUCAUCGCCCAGUCCGUCGACGACCGCACGCCGGCGGAGCGGGGCGUGGCGGCGGGCGGCGGCGAGGGCGGCGGCGGGCACGCGGCGAUGGCGGGGCACGGGACCAAGCGGCUGCACAAGUCACGGUACGAGACAAUCUCGACGUACAUCUGCAACACCGUCAUCGGGCAGGACGGGCAGGACUCGUCGACCCGCGCAGCCUUGAAGGAUUUGGGGCGGAACGACCUCGAGGUCCCGAUGGACGAGGAGGCGUACCGCACUCUCACGCAGGCGGGGGUCGACGAGGUCCUCGCGCAGCACAUCGCCCACCUCUUCGUGCGCCAGACCGUGCGCUGGAAGCCGCCCCCCGCCAAGAGCGACUCGCACAUCGGCUGGCGCACCGAGUUCCGGUCGAUGGAGGUCCAGCUGACCGACUUCGAGAACGCCGCCUUCACCGUCUUCGUCGUCCUCGUCUCGCGCGUCAUCCUCUACUUCAACCUCAACUUCUACAUGCCCAUCUCGUGCGUCGACUGCAACAUGCGCCGCGCCGCCGAGCGGGACGCAGCGGACCUGGCCGAGGCGGUGCGCGCCGCUGCGUCGAGCUGCUGCGGCAGCACGGCCGGCGUGGAGGACCUCUCCCUCUUCGAGAUCAUGGCGGGCAAGGGCUCCUUCAAGGGGCUCGUGCCGCUGAUCCUCACCUACCUCGACCUCAUCAAGACGGACACCACCACCCUCGCCACGAUCAACAAGUACCUCGACUUCGUCGUCGCGCGCGCCUCGGGCGAGCUGCUCACGCCGGCGCAGUGGAUGCGCCGGUUCGUGCUCUCGCACCCGGACUACCGCCACGACUCGCUCGUCUCGGAGCGGAUCGCCGCCGACCUGCUCGCAAAGUGCCACCGCAUCGGCGCCGGGCUCGAGCGCUGCCCGGAUCUGCACGGCGACUUCGUGGUUCCGCCCGUGCUCGCCAAGGACGCGUACGCCGUCAACAUGACGUCGGGCGAGGCGCCCGGCGCGCGCAUCUCCAGCUCGACCGACGGGCUGAUGGCGAUGCACCAGAUCCGCCUCCAGCUGCAGACGCGCCGCCGCCGGCUGCUCGCCGACGCGACGGAGCACCGCGCCCGGCUCGAGGCAGCGCAGGAGGAGCUGCGCAACGUCGAGACGCAGCUGGCGGUGCUCGCCGCGAGGUGACGCCGGGGGCAGAGGUAGGGGGUCGUUCGACCCGAGGCUCGGAGAGCGGCGGGGCGUCGCGCGCCGGCGCGGGGCACCGCCUCGCUCUCGCCGCUCUCGCGGCGCGGUGUAGACUUGCUAGCCGGGACGAGCGGGCAGCUCCACUGGACAGGGAGACUGCCAAACUUGCGGUCGUGUUUGUGCACGGUGUUUCGUGUUUGCCUCGAGUUCGUGAUUCUCUAUAGAGUCCAGAGAUAUAACUU